UGCUAAAGUAGGGGGGUUGUUGCAUUGACAUGUAGCUGGUUAUCUCCUGACUUCCUGCACAUGGUGAGCAGAGCUCGGGGGGAACUAUAGAGACAUAGACAGACAUACUGAACUUAAAGAUGGUCUUAAAGAAGAAAAAAGUGAUCAAAGUUGAUGUCCUGACGCUCCAUGGACUGAGCAUUGAUAAACUUAAAAAUUUUACAGAUGGCGAGGCAGAAGGUUUGCCUUCUCUUCUUCUUCGGUGCUUACAGUUACAAGACGGAGUUCAGCAAAUCCACUGCAUCAAAAAGGUGGUGCCUCUCUUAGAAGACCUGCCUAGCAGUUCCGCCGGUACGGAGGAGCUCUGCUGCUCUAUGAAGGUUCUGGCUGAAAUGUACUUUGCAGUUGACAACAAGAAUCCACUGAAAAAGGUCUUGGCAAGUGCAUUAAACAGCAUUCCUGAGCCAUGUAAAAAUGAUACGAUCUGUGCUUUGACUGCCUGCCUAAGGAAGGAUAUUGCAGUAGAAGAUACAGAAGACUUUAGGAGAGUGGUGGACAAUGUAGCAUCAUGUAUGGAGAACAAACUUGGUAGCAGCUGUGCCAUAAGCCUAUUACCACAAGCCCUUCAAUUCCUGGUAAAAGUUUUACGCUCAUUUCAAAGUCAAAACAAGAAGGUGCUGGGUGAUGGGCUUGCUCAGACGCAUCUCAUGCAUGAUAUGUUAACAACAAUCAAGUUGGCUAUGGUUCUACUACAGAAGUCCCCGGAGCCCGUCCAGGAGCCUCCGGGAUUGGACGCUCAGCCUCUGUUAUGGAAAGAGAUGUGUGACCUGCUGCGCUGCUUCACUAACAUAUUGCUGGAUGAUGACGUUUUGCAAAAUGUUCAGAGCACUUCAGGAAUGGCCGUCAUCCUUUACCUAAAGACCAUGGUUCGGAACAGUGAAAAGCUUGCCAAAGUUGUGAAUGACCUGGUCCUGCUGUCUGUGGAUUCAUCUGAUGCUCCGGAUUGGUUUAUCUGCUGCUGUGGCUCACUGUGUGAGGAUCUUCCAGACACGGUGCUGCUCUUCCUGUGCCAGGGGGCCCUGGCUAUGCUGGACUGGAGAAAUGGUGGCUUAGGCCCAGGAGGGGAAACGCUGCUUCUAAACCUGCUUAGAGUUCUGCUGUCUCUCAGUUCACGGCUGAGGGAGUCCAGCGCGGCCUUGUAUCUGUCCAGAAUCUUAGCCCUGUGGACAAGCUCAGCCCUGGAAUCUCUGCAUUCCUGCUCCAAGGAUCUGCAAGACUGUCUGAAUGGCAGCUCCAGCACCCUGUGCAGCCUUCUAGAAUAUGUGUACAUACACUGGGAACACCCUUUGGAUGCCGUCCGACAUCAAAGCAAGCAGAUCUUCAGGAACAUUCUCCAGAUCCACCACACAGCUGUGAUUGCGACGUCCAACAGAGAAGUAGACCUGUUUCUUUGUCAGCUUACUCAUAAAUUACUGAGUCUGGAGUGGCACUCGAAGGGGAAAUAUGGCUCUCUGGCCUGUCUGGUGGAAUGUGUUGGAACCGAGCAGAUCUUGUCUGUAGAUCAUAUGAUCCCAGAACAGAUCCUGGAUGUCAUGUGGGACCAAUCCUUUGCUCCGUAUGCUGCUAAUCUCUUGGAAGCCAUGUUUGUCAACCACAAAAUGCAACUCCUGGCCAGUAUAGAAAGCAGUUGGAUGGAGCGUUGGCAGAGUGUCUGGGUCUCCCCUCUUCUCAGACGCCUCUGUGAAGAACAUGUUACCCAGACUACGUACAUCAUUGAUUAUUAUUUGCCCAAGUUGCUCAAAUGUAACCCUGAGAGUUUAACCUACAUGAUCGACCAUCUACAGUCCUCUGCAGCCAUCAGCGUUGGAUCUGGCAGUAACCGAGGGGCUCUGGGAGCUCUUAUGGCGUGUCUGAGGACAGCCCGGGCACAUGGACAUCUUCGCUUUACAGAAAACUACGCCUGGAAUGGUCGGGUCUCCACUGGUUUGAUACAACAAGGCCUUGUCCAUAGGCAUGAUCAGAUCCGAAUGGACGCCCUUGGACUCCUCUGCGAGAGUCACUGGAGCACUGAAGUGGUCUCUGUGGAUGAAAUUAAUCUGGUUCGCUUUUUUCUCCGGUAUAACUUGAAUUGCCAGUCUCCAUCUGUGAGGCAGCAGAUGUGCUACCUAAUCAAGAAGCUCUUUUGCCGUGUGCAAGAAAGUUCACAGGUUCUAUAUAAACACCAGCAGAGUAUGAACUUCAAAGGACUCCAACAUGCAAAGAAUGAAGUGGAUCCCAGCACAGCACUAGAGCACUAUGCAGAAUUCCUGUCAUCUAUAACAAGUUAUCUUUUUGAGUCUCUUUUUCCUGGAUCAUCACAUCCUACGAGGUUUUCAGCCUUGACCAUUUUAGGAUCCCUUGCAGAGACAUUUCCUAAUGUUCAAGGCUGUUGUCAGAGCGUAUUUGAGUUCGCUCAGUCGGUCAGCGGUAACAAUGUGCACGCUCUCCUAGAGUGCUUCAGUAACACCUUUGAGGAAGUGAAACUCCUUGCCUUUGAACUUCUGAGAAAGCUGCCCCCAUCUGCUCUGGGCCUCCAGGACCCGGAGAAAUUGCUUGAUUUGUUCCAGGCAGCUAUAAAUUUGAGCACAAGUACGAAACACUUUGAUUGUGUAACUGCGUCCUACCUGAUGAAGUUCUUGCUGUACCAGGAGGGUUUGGAGGCCGCUCUGCGCGACUCGGCACGAGGUGCGCCAAAUGGACCAAUCUAUCAGACAUUUCAUAUUGAUGGCGCCAGUUUCCUGGAGAGGAACACAUUCGCUGUGGUCAGAGUGUUGAUGGACAUCCUUGAGCGUGAAAUUUUACAAGCGGAGAGUUCCUUGCUGGAGGCUGCAUCCUCGUUUCCUUUGUAUGGCCGGGUGCACUGUAUCAUCGGGGCGUUGGAGCAAUUGUCUGUGGGGAGUCUCCUGGCGGUUGAGGAUUGGAGAAAGUUGCUAUUUCAGCUGAUUACAUUGUCUUAUCGCCUUUCUGCCAUCGUCUCGCCUGUUGUGCACAGUUCUUCUCCAGAAGGUCUGAUGCCAAUGGAUACCGAAUCAGAAGCCGCGGCUCAGUUGCACAUGAUAAUGAGGGAGAUCAAACCACGGGACACAAAUGAUUACUUCACGCAGCCAAGAAUAUUACAGAAAGACUAUGACCUACAUUCCCAGGCCCUCCCCGAAGACCGCGUACCGUCCAAUACCCUCUGUGCAGAAAUGAAAGGAAAUGAAGGCACCUCCUGCAAUGUCACGGCGCAGAUGGUCCUCGUAUGCUGCUGGCGCAGUAUGAAGGAAGUCUCCUUAUUGCUGGGAUUCCUGUGUCAGAAUCUUCCACUGCAGACCCAGCUGGACAGUCCUCAGGGCCUUAUUACUAUGGACCAGAUUAAAGAGAUGGGGAAAUAUUUCAAGCACCACUUGCUGCAGUCCAGACACAGAGGGGCUUUUGAACUGGCUUAUGUUGGCUUUGUAAAGCUCACAGAUAUGCUGAUUGGAUGCAAGGAAGAGAGCCUGCGUGGCUUACCACGCCAAUGGUUAUGCAACGUCUUGGAGGAAAUUAAAUCUAGCGAUCCAUCUUCUAGGCUCUGUGCAACCAGGCGCAGUGCUGGAAUUCCAUUCUACAUACAGGCUCUCUUGGCAUCAGAACCCAAGAACAGUAAAGCAUGUCUCUUGAAGAUGACUAUGAAAGAAUUAAUAAACUUGGCUAUGCCUUCGGGUGACCUGUCUGGAAAUAACAGCACAAUCCCGCAGGUCCACGCUUUAAAUAUUUUAAGAGCUAUUUUCCGGGAUACUCGCCUUGGGGAAAAUGUCAUUCCUUAUGUAGGAGAAGGAACACAAGCUGCAAUCCUUGGAUUUACCUCUCCAAUCUGGGCCGUGAGAAAUUCCUCCACACUUCUCUUCAGCACACUGAUUACACGAAUAUUUGGAGUCAAAAGAGGAAAAGAUGAACGCUCCAAGAAAAACAGAAUGACUGGGAGAGAAUUCUUUUCAAGAUUUCCUGUUCUUUAUCCAUUUCUUCUGGAACAACUUGAAGCUGUUGCCAACACAGUUGACAGUCCCACAGGAGAGUCAAAGCUGCACCCUAGCCUGUACCUUCUGCUGCUUAUCCUGAGUAAGCUGUACCCGUCUCCCAUGGAUGGCACCUUCUCAGCCCUUAGCAUGGCACCUUUCAUCCCCUUCAUCAUGAGAUGUGCCAACUCGCCAGUUUACCGUUCGCGGGAGAUGGCAGCACGCGCCCUUGUUCCUUUUCUAAUGACAGACGAUAUUCCUUGUACUACGGUGGAAUUAAUAAGGAGCCUUCCUGAUACUGACAGCCAUCUUGCACAACAGAACCGCAUCCAUGGGGUACUCCUGCAGGUUUUUCACUUGCUCCAGUCGUUCUUCGAGGCAAAACACACAUCCAAUUCAGAGCGAAUUCAGCGGGAGGUGUGUGACCUCACCGACAGCUUGAAAGCCAAACUGUGGCUCGCCAAGAGGCAAAAUCCGUGUUUGGUAACCAGAGCGGCGUUUAUCGACAUCCUGACUACCAUCAGCAAUUAUCUCGGAAAAGGCGGGGUUCAAGGGGUAUCACAAGGAUCCAGUUUUUGGGCCGAUGUCCACAGCGUCAUGGAAGAUUGUGAAUUGUUGGAAGGCUCCCAGCACACAGCCUCUGUCCCUGGACUAGUUCUGUACAUGCAGAGCACUUCUAGACUGAUAUUAUCUAUGUUGAACCAGAUUGGAGGUUCAUGUGUUGGUCGGGGGGAUUCUACUGGGGACCUGAACCCUUCUUCCCUAUUGCAGAAGAUGCUGGUAUCAGAAUUGUAUGAAGUUCGCUUAUUGACACUAGAAUUUGUUCUGCGAUGCUUGAAGACCAGCAACGGGGAGACUAAAGGAUCACUGUUUUCUCCGGCUGUAGAGAAGACCCUGUUUGAAAUGAUGACCAAGGAAAAAAAUUUGGAGUGCCUGUGCCAGGUGAUGAGAAUCCUUCAUGAGAUGAAUGUUGAAAAGGUUCUUUUGAUGGCAAAACAGAAUUUUCAAACGGAGCCCAAAGACUUGCUAAGGAGGAUUAUAAAUCUUGUAUCCACUACAAGCCACAGUGUGGAAAUCCAGAGCUCAGCGUUAAAACUCUCCUCUCGAUUGGUCAUCAGUCUUGCUGGAAAGGACAAGGAGGCCACUGAGUCAGAGUUGAAGGAUUGGGUGACUCUCAUGGUUCACUGCUGUGGAGAUGAACUCCAGACUGAAGUGAAACUGGCAGCGGCUGAGAUCCUAGUCCAUAUCGCUCCACAUUUGCUGACAAAUCAUCUGCCAGUUCUGGGUAUAUCGGAUACUUUACAGCUAUGGAUGUGUGUGGUGCAGCUGCUGCAAAGUGAUGAUCCGGAUGUCAGAGAAGUGAUGGUGGACAUCAUCCGUGUUUAUCACACUCAGAAAAACAAACUUUCAGGAACAGGGUUUGCAUUCUCUACGGUCAAUUCUCCUAUGGCCUUGGACCUGACGUUGGGUGUCUUAUGUGAAGUUCUGCAACAGUGGGAUGAAGUCUCAGCCGGUGUGCCUGUCCUCCUCGAGUGGUUAUUAGGAGAAAAUGACCUUGGCGAUCUGGAAACUGUGAAUACGGUGGAGGACGACUACCUGUUUGAGAAAGGUGAAGCCAACUUCUGGGCUGAGAAACUUGUGUACAUCAGACUGCUGGCUAAACAUCUGGAGGAGCUGCUGAAAAGAGCUCACUUCAGCACAAUGCUGGAUCCAAAGCUUCUUCAUUUAUCUCAAGCAGCUAAUGAGCGAUCAGAGAGCAUUCAAAGCCUUUUCAACGACUUGCCCCCUACCCCGCAGUUCCUGAAGACCUCUGAAUAUAACAAAUUGCUGAUUCAUAAAGAGAGAACCUCUAGCUGUAUGGAUAUAUUGAAUGUGCUGCUAAACAAGGAGUGACUCAUGAAGACGGUUGAAGAGGUGGACAAACAGUGACUUUUGAGUCAAGCUGCCCUGCAGAGCAUUAUGGGACUCCCGUCACACCUGGGAUGUCUAGUUUACAUUGAUAUGUUUUUAAAAAUUUACUUUUUUUUAAACUUUUAUGUCUGUAAUUUUAGCAUCGUGAAAAAUAAAACAUAACUUUUUAAUU